AUGGACGUGCUCGCAAAUAUUGAUCCGACAUCGUCGGAUGGCUCGGCCGCAGAUCCGUUCCGCCCGUCUUUCUUUGAGCUUAUUGCGCAGAAGCAACUUUCCGAUCUUCUCAAACCAGCAAUCCGUUAUGUGCUGACAGUACUGGCGCAGCACUAUCCUAGGUAUCUCCUACGAAUUGUGAAUCGGUUUGAUGAAUUGUAUGCUGUGCUAAUGCUAGCAGUUGAACGGCAUUACUUACGAACCUGGAAUGCCUCAUUUACCGAACAUUUCUAUGGACUCCGCCGUCGUCGUCGUCCAGCUGUUUCUACCAAACGUCUUGACGCCUCCGUGCCGCCUCAUAAGUUGCACGCUACCCGCCAGCUACGCGAUAGAGAAGUGAAUGUCUCUUUGCUAUUUCUUGUGGGACUUCCUUACUUAGAAGCAAAGCUCAGUGAUUAUUGGGAACGUCUCGGUGGUGGUGUGGUCAUUGAAGGCGACAGCGGUGAUGAUUUGUUUGCCGAUGAGGAGACGGUGCGGCUUGAACGCUCGGUAUCACGCCAAGAGGCGCCUGCUCAACGAAUCCGUAGCAGACUCAAGAUGCUUUUCCGGCGAGGAUUCCCCCUCGUUCAGGUUGGCCUCCAACUAUGGAUGCUCGCUUACCAUAUAAAAUAUUUGUUUGGAAUCACUCCAUACUGGCGUCCAUGGCUGGCAGCUAUGCGAGUUGACGUUAGGCGCGCCAUGGGUAACGAGACGCCAUUGCGACUUGGUGCAGCAAGCAAGCGUCUUCCCCAGUUCUCACGUUUUCCACUCCUAUUUAUGCUUCGUUCACUACAAAAAGGCGGAGCUCAUAUUCUGGAUGCCCUCAAGUAUGCUUUACCAGCAUCGAUAUUCUUCUUCAAGUUCCUGGAAUGGUGGUACAGUCCCAAUAAUCGCCGCCGAGGUGAUGAUGACGAGAGUAAAUCAAGAAAAGUCUUGGGCCCACCCGUAGUAUCGCACCCUAGUUCAAGUGGCGUUUUGGAGAAUCCUCAUGAGUCAUACCGUGAUCCGAAGGUGCUGAAGACAAAAAACCAGACACCCUAUGUGACUGAUGCUGAUGAUGAAAUUAUUGUCGACAUCCCAUCCUUAUUGCACAAUUCUUGCCCACUUUGUGGCGCUAUGCCGAUUCAAAACCCAUGUGCACUUCCCACUGGCUUCGCCUUUUGCUACAGAUGCGCCACCGACUAUGUGGAUAAAUGGCAUGUGUGUCCUGUGACACAAAUAGAUCUACCCGGAGGUAUAGAACAGAUUCGUCGCGUGCUGGUCUAG